UACUUUGAGAAGUGAUGCCAAUGCAACUUGGUUAAAGUUCUAAUUUUGGGGGUCUAUUUUCGUUUCCUUAGCUGCAGAGGUUUUAGAAAUCAGGCUGCCAUGACAAGUGUUUCUUUAGUCUCAGCGGCUGCCCGCAGGCUAGAAGGGAAAGUGGCAGUAAUCACUGGUGGAGCAAGUGACAUUGGGGAGUCUACAGCAAGACUCUUCUCCAAACAUGGAGCUAAAGUUGUUAUUGCAGACAUCCAAGAUGACUUGGGUCAUUCUGUCUGCAAAGAUCUAAACUCUAAAUCCACAUCCUUCGUCCAUUGUGACGUCAGCAAGGAAAUAGAUGUGGAAAACGCAAUUAACUUUGCUGUUUCUAAGUUUGGAAAGCUUGACAUUAUGUUCAACAAUGCUGGUGUUGGUGGAGUUGCCAAACCAAAUAUCCUUGACAACACCAAGGCUGAGUUUGAGCAAGUAAUUGGUGUUAACCUAGUAGGUGCCUUCCUUGGAACCAAACAUGCAGCUCGUGUCAUGGUCCCGGCUCGCCGUGGCAGCAUUAUUACAACUGCUAGUGUUUGCUCUACUAUAGGAGGGUCUUCAUCGCAUGCCUACACGAGCUCCAAGCAUGGCGUGGUGGGAUUAAUGAGAAACACAGCAGUGGAACUUGGACAGUUUGGCAUUCGUGUGAACAAUGUAUCACCUUAUCUAGUUGCUACACCAUUGGCAAAGGAUUUCUUCAAACUUGAUGACAAAGGAGUUUACGGUGUUUAUUCCAACCUUAAAGGCAGUCUCCUCAAACCAGAAGAUGUGGCUGAAGCUGCUCUUUAUUUGGGAAGUGAUGAGUCAAAGUAUGUGAGUGGACACAAUCUUUUGGUAGAUGGAGGCUUUUCCAUUAGCAAUCCAGGCUUUUCCAUGUUUGUACAAAAGUUUUGAAUUCCGUUUCGAUUGAGGUACUGGAACGGAAUAUUUAGAUAUCGAUAUAUUUUGACAUAUCGUUUCGGGAUAGACAUUAUAU